AUGAGGCUCCAGGUCCUUAUCGCGGUGCUCACGCUCGCUGGAGUAUGCGACGCGACGCACCUCUCCAGUGCCCGCUUGUCCCAGGUGUACGACAAGAUGAACUCUUUCGCCAAGUACUCGUGGGAGAACGGAACGAAAGCCCAGGCGAUCCUCGAAUGGACCUACCCGGACUUAUCAGUCUUUUCCACUGCAUCCUCCUCAAAUCCCUUUCCCGCCUCCUUGUCGUCCAACCAGAUCCCCCAAAUCGUGGAUAUUGCCCGAACGACCAUGAACAACCGACCGGCAACGAAUGCGUCGGGCAUCAUGGGUGGGAGCCCAUUACUUGAGGACGGAGCAGCGGCGGAUCCGGCGAGUCUGGGCGGAGCGAUAUUGCUCGCGAAUGUCAGCACGGGCAAUGCGGCGGUGAAGAAUGUGGGGUAUGGGGAUGCUGCGCGGAUGGAGGUUGCGUAUCUUCUGUACGGAGUCCCAAGGUCAAAUACAGGCGCUAUCUCCCACCGGACCGAACAAGCCCAAUACUGGUCCGACUUCACAUUCAUGGUCCCUCCCUUCCUCGCCACCUACGCCGGGUUCAGCAAUAACCAGACAUACCUCCAAAUAGCAUACGACCAGUGCAGGCUGUAUCGCGAUCGCCUAAGGCGGCCGAUGAGCUCCGGCGCGCUCUGGGCGCAUAUCCAGGGCGGGACGGGGAAUCUCGAUCCGGGGCUGUGGGCGACAGGAAACGGGUGGGCGGCGUAUGGCAUGCUGAGGGUCAUGGCGACCAUUCAGAAGAGUCAGUGGGCGGGGCAGAUGGGUAGUCAGCGGGGGGAUCUGGCGAGUUGGGUGGGGGAGAUCAUGGACGGAUGCAAGGGAUACGUCACUCCGAAUGGCCUGUUGCGCAACUACGUGAAUGACACAAGCUCUUUCGAGGAGACCUCAGCCUCCGCUUUGAUUGCAGCUACCGGACUCCGCCUCUCCACUCUCGGCGUAACAGACUCCUACGUUCCCAUGGCGCUCAACCUCCUCUCCUCCGCCUCGCGCUACGUCUCCAACUCAACCGGUGUCCUCGAGCAAGUCGUCGACCCCUUGGACUGGAGCAAGCAGGGACAAGACUCGCCAGAGGGGCAGAGUUUCAUGAUUAUGGCUUAUGCGGCUCAUGGAGAUUGGGACAGAGCGGGCAGGAAGGGCGCGACGGGCGUAGAUGGGGAUGGGCUGGGUGGGUACACUUCGGGCGCGGUGGCGAGGUGGGGCGCCGGGAUGGGCGCGACGGCGGUGGCAGCGCUGGUGGCUGGUCUGGCGGUGCUUGCUUGA